CCUGACUUGCCCGCUGCGAGGGGCAGGGCGCCGCAGUGCCGUAGUAGCGGGCAGCCGAGACGCACCGCUCGGGAGCCGCGGGUACCGGAGCUGGCAGAGACCCCGGCGCUGCCUAACCCCCACCGAGCCGCCCGAGCUCCAGCCCCCUCCCCGAGAGGGCUGCGCGGGCCGCAAGACGCCCAGACGCCAGCCUCGGUCCCCUUUCAGUCUCUCGGUUCAUCUUUCCUCCCAAGUAAGGGAAUAAACCCCAAGGAAGGAGCGCUCCGGAAAACCGCGCAACAAAGUGUUGCACGCUGAGGAAAAGGAAGGAUUUCUGAAUUUACCGUGACUACAGAUAGAAGGAUGUUGCCUUAGGAAUAGCAGAGGUCUUCUCUCAGCUGCUAAACAGUGUCCGCUGCUGCCAUAGACACUUGGGUCCUCGAGAAAUCUCCUGAAGGACUUGUCCAUUGUGUACUUGCAAUGAGCCAGGCCCUAGGCUGGGCCUUGGCUACAGCCUGGUGAACAAAACUCUCUCCCUAGCCUCAAGCGCGCACACCCAGGAAAGAUGAGUGAAGAACGGUGGGUCUCCCUCACUCCAGAAGAAUUUGGCCAACUCCAGAAAUAUGCAGAAUAUUCUUCCAAGAAGAUAAAUGAUGUCUUGGCUGAAUUUAAUGAGGGUGGGAGCCUCAAACAAUAUGACCCACAUGAGCCUGUUAGCUAUGACGUCUUCAAGCUGUUCAUGAGGGCGUACCUGGAGGUGGACCUUCCACAGCCACUGAGCACACACCUCUUCCUGGCCUUCAGCCAGAAGCCCAGACAGGAGACCCCGGACCACCCAAAGGAGGGGGCCAGCAACAGCGAAGCCAGUGGCCCAGAUUCCAACAUACAGAAUGCAGAUAAUGCUGCCAAAGCAGACGAGGCUUGUGCCCCUGAUAUGGAAUCAAAGAUCACCGAGAAGCAAGUGCCAACUAAAGACCAAGUGUCUGCGACCCCCGUGGGAAACCAUGAUGCUCAAUCUUCAGGCUCAGAAUCCCCCAUAGUGUACCUGAAGGAUGUCAUGUGUUACCUGUCCUUGCUGGAAACGGGGAGACCUCAGGAUAAGCUAGAGUUCAUGUUUCGUCUCUAUGAUUCGGAUGAGAAUGGUCUCCUGGACCAAGCGGAGAUGGAUCGUAUUGUCAUCCAGAUGCUAUACAUUGCCCAGUAUCUCGAGUGGGAUACCACGGAGCUAAGGCCUAUAUUGAAGGAGAUGGUACAAGGGAUGGACUACGACCAGGAUGGCUUUGUGUCUCUCCAGGAGUGGGUCCACGGAGGGAUGACCACCAUCCCAUUGCUGGUCCUCCUGGGCAUGGACGACUCUGGCUCCAAGGGGGACGGGAGGCACGCCUGGACCAUGAAGCAUUUCAAGAAACCAACCUACUGCAACUUCUGCCAUGUCAUGCUGAUGGGCGUUCGGAAGCAAGGCCUGUGCUGCAUUUACUGUAAAUACACUGUCCAUGAACGCUGUGUAUCCAAAAACAUUCCUGGGUGUAUCAAAACGAACUCAAAAACCAAAAGGGGCGGCGAGUUUCACCGCAAAUGUGAAUUGUCAACUUUGUGUGAUGGUGGGGAGCUCAGAGACCAUAUUUUGCUGCCCACGUCAAUAUGCCCCAUCACCCGGGACAGGCAAGAUGGGAAGUCCGAUGGUAGCAUGUCAGCCAAGGAUGAACUUGUAACGCAGUAUAAGAUCAUCCCCACCCCGGGUACCCACCCCCUGCUGGUUUUGGUGAACCCCAAGAGUGGAGGGAGACAAGGAGAAAGAAUUCUUCGGAAAUUCCACUAUCUGCUCAACCCCAAACAAGUUUUCAACCUGGACAAUGGGGGGCCUACUCCAGGACUUAACUUUUUCCGUGAUACUCCAGACUUCCGUGUUUUGGCCUGUGGAGGAGAUGGGACAGUUGGCUGGAUUUUGGAUUGCAUUGAUAAGGCCAACUUCGCAAAGCAUCCACCCGUGGCUGUCCUGCCUCUUGGAACGGGAAAUGACCUGGCCCGCUGUCUCCGCUGGGGAGGGGGUUAUGAAGGGGGCAGCCUGACAAAAAUCCUGAAGGACAUUGAGCAGAGCCCCUUGGUGAUGCUGGACCGCUGGCAUCUGGAAGUCAUCCCCAGAGAGGAGGUGGAGAAUGGGGACCAGGUCCCGUACAACAUCAUGAACAACUACUUCUCCAUCGGCGUGGAUGCUUCCAUCGCACACAGAUUCCACGUGAUGAGAGAGAAACACCCUGAAAAAUUCAACAGCAGCUUCCACUCAUCCCACUACACUUCCUGCCUCUGUGAAUGCCCAGUUUGGUGCCCCAUGACCAAAGACACACUCAGGAAAGAGACAAGAGAAGAGCCGCAGAGACAAUUAACAAGGCCCAUGAGAAAACUUUUUUAAAAAAUCAUUUUUCCUGGAGAGGAGAAGCAGAGAAUGUGUUGGGAAUGGGCCUCAAGGGUGUGAAGGAUUCACAACAGGAAAUAGUGACCACACCUCCUUACUCUUCCUCUCGGCUCAGGAGAGAAUGCGAGGGGAAGAAUGUACUUCUAAAGUGAGGAAUUGCCGUUUGGAAUGGGAGGAAGAAUCUCCUGGCUUGGAGACAUAUUAAAGGCUAAAAUGAGUUAUUGAGAGAAGUAUUGUGGAAUGUCUUGCAAAGAUUUCUAAAAACAGAAGACAGCCUCAUUCAUCUGGGCUGACAAACACAUCAUCUUCUCUGAGCCCAGGAGUGAGUCAUUGUGCUACCAAAUGGGAGCCCCUGCUUCCCACCCCACCAAUGACCAGGGGUCCCCGAGAGACCUCUCACCCACUUUAUUCCUCAGUUCCCACUUGGGCCCCAAGAUGACUGCUCCUCAGCAUGUCCUCAGCAGCCCCCUGGCCCAUCCUGAUGCUCUUCCCUCUCAGGCCCACCCUACCUAGAGCUGCUCGUGGCUUUUGUCCCGUUUCUGCCCCCUGAGAAUCUGCUGCCACAACCCACGUCCCAUUUUAUAGAAUUUAAAUGCACCUGCUUUGCCUUCAGGGCCCUUUAUAAAGUUCUCCUUCCCAAACACCGGGCCAGUCUUACUGUUUGCUUGCUCCGUUAUUCCCACCUUUCCCCCACGUGCCCUUAAUUUCUCAGUCUAGGAUGACAUCUCCUUCUGGGACCUAAUCAUCACCUAGCACUUGUUUCAAAAUGCACUCUAAAAUAUUCUGAAGAAUCCCUCCCUGCCCACACCCAGCCCUGGCCUCUGCCUUUUCUUAGAAUCCAUCUACAAGGUUUUUGACACAUUUUUUCUUACUUUGAUUUUUCCUCUUUGUCUCUAUAAGUCAUCAUUUUGGCACCAAACUCUCUCUACCUUGUUCACAAGCUUGCUCACUCAGAGCAGGGUCUGAACCCUUUGGGGAUCCACUGACUUAAAACCAGAAGGGUGGUGCUGGCACAUGCCCUCAUUCAGCCAGAACGUAUCGAGCAUCUAUUCUGUUAGCAUGAUGCUGGGGCCAAGAGGAAAGAUGGAUUACCACAGGCCCUACUUGCCGAAGUCCGUGGGCCUAGUUGGGAAGAUGAGCAUAUAUAGAGGCUC